AUGGCAAGCCAUCAUCCCUCUCCAACCGCGGGAAUUCCCAUACACCAUGGUCCGCCCGGUGGUCCACCGCCCGCUGGGAUGCCGCAGCCACAGCAUCCAUUUCCCGUUGCUCAGCAGUUAGCCGCAAUGAACGAAGCCGUCUGGCUGCAAAUCGGAAGUCUCGCAGAACUCCUGAAUAACCUGGACGAAGCCAUGGGCGCCUACGAACAUGCUCUCCGUGCAAAUCCUCGCUCCAUUCCGGCCAUGAGCGCGAUCAGCAGUAUCCUACGCACACAAGAACAGUUCUACAAGGCCGUUGAGUACCUUCAAAAUAUUCUCAAGCUUGAUGCCAACAACGGAGACGUCUGGGGAAGUCUCGGGCAUUGCUAUUUGAUGAUGGACGAUUUGCAACAGGCGUAUUCAGCCUACCAACAAGCUCUCUAUCAUCUCCGCGACCCCAAGGAACCCAAGCUCUGGUACGGCAUCGGAAUACUCUACGAUCGCUAUGGGUCUCUGGAACACGCGGAGGAGGCCUUUUCGCAAGUUAUGCGAAUGCAGCCCGACUUUGAAAAGGCCAAUGAGAUCUACUUUCGUCUCGGCAUUAUUUACAAGCAGCAGCAAAAGUACCAGCAAAGCCUCGAGUGUUUCCGAUAUAUUGUUUCCAUACCACCAACGCCCUUGACAGAAGAAGAUAUAUGGUUUCAAAUAGGCCACGUCCAUGAACAACAGAAAGACUACGACAAUGCUAAAAUGGCAUACCGCCGAGUGCUUGAUCGUGAUCCUAACCAUGCUAAGGUCCUUCAGCAGUUAGGAUGGCUGCAUCACCAGCAAAGCAAUAGCUUCAAUAGCCAGGAGCAGGCUAUCGAGUAUCUCGAGAAAUCAGUCAACUCUGAUCAGAGCGAUGCGCAAAGCUGGUAUCUCCUUGGUCGGUGUUACAUGUCACAACAGAAAUACCCCAAAGCAUACGAGGCCUAUCAACAAGCAGUUUACCGAGACGGAAGGAACCCAACAUUCUGGUGCUCGAUUGGUGUUUUGUACUACCAGAUUAACCAGUACCGGGAUGCGCUCGAUGCAUAUUCCCGGGCUAUACGCCUGAAUCCGUACAUAUCAGAGGUCUGGUACGAUCUCGGCACACUGUACGAGUCGUGCAACAAUCAAAUAAACGAUGCUCUCGACGCAUAUCAGCGGGCCGCAGAACUCGAUCCUAACAACGUUCAUAUCAAGGCACGCUUACAGCUCUUACGUGGCCAGCAAGCUAGUGGUGUUCCCGUGCAGACGAGUGCUCCCUUGCCCCAGGAUGUUCAUCCGCAGGCCUACCAAGCUACAGGUGCUGUCGGCCCGCCAGGUCCGCAAUGGGGCAAUUCGGCUCCCCAGCCACCGUCUGGACCCUCUGGCGGACCACCUGCUAACGGCUGGGGUAACCAACUGGCCGAAAUAAACCCGAUACACCACCCUGCUAACCCUUUUGAUCAACGUGAGCGAGGUCGUGGUCCGUCUGGUCCUAAUCCGCCGCCGCCGCCACCACCUCGCGGCCCAGCUAGUCCGCGAUCGGGACCCGAUCAAAUGCGUGCUUACCCCGGCCCAAGUACGCGUGGGCUUCCACCACCACCGCCGCCGCCGCCACGCUCACCUCGAGACCACCAUAAUGCCAUGGGUCCCUUUCCUGGCGCUGGACUGCCCCAACCAACGUCAUCGCAAGGACCACCUUUGCAGCCCCCACCUCCUCAACCGCCGCGUGUAACGAAUCCAAACUACGCAGGUCCAGGCGCUACGAAUGCUCUGCACCCUACUCCAAACGGUAUGAAUGGCUCAGGACCCGCAAUAUCGCUACCUUCGUUCGGGCGUCAAAACAGUCCGCGGAUGGAAAUGCGUUCUCUUCAUGACAAUCGCUUGUCUUCGCCGAAGCCAGUGUAUACCCACCAGCAAUCUUCGUACGCCCAUCACGGGGAAAUGAACACAGGGGGUAUGGAUAAUGGCGUGUCAAAUCCACACAAUGAGUCACUUGCCCCAGAACGUAAUGGUGAUCCUCGCCCCGCUUCUGUCGGUCCGAAGCGCUUGCGGGAAUGGGAAGACGAGCAACAAACCAUGAAGAAGCCUGCUUCGGAUGAGAAUCGAACACGGUUGAUGGACUCACAUCAUCGGCGCCCCUCAACACCGCCGAGAGACCAAUCGUUUCGCCGUGCUUCAUCCGAAGUUCGUCGGGCCGAAGAUCAACGCCACUUGGAAGAACAACGCCGAAUGGAUGAGCAGCGACGUGAAGACCAAAGACGUAUGGAAGACCAGCGGCGAGCCAACGAAAACUACCAUCCGUCCGAGGCCGCACACCAUCCACCUAUGGCUCCUAAUAGCCAUUUACCACCAAUGCAGCAAGGUCUACCGACCUCACAUACGCCAGUUCAUGAUAUCCUGCCGCCACCGCCGCCACUACCGCCUCCACCUACGCAAAAAGAUUACGUCAUGGAUGAAAGGGAACGGCAUGAACAUGUAACAGUGCCGCCGACAUCACUUCCGUUGAUGAGCGAGCCCGAGCGAGCUAAACGAAAGAUGGAUGUAGAUGAAGAUUACGACGAUGAUGGGGAUGAAGACAAGAAGAAUAGCAACAUCUUGGUAGGAUCGGGAUCUGGGCCGAUGGACAGCAAGUCAACAUCGCCUUCUGGCGUUAAUGGGCAUGUUGUUAAUGGGAUGACGAAUGUUCAACCAAAAGUGGAAGCGUAG